AUGGCGGUAGCAGAUCUGUUAGCCGUCUUCUGCAACGUGGCGAUAGGAUAUCUUUACGGUGCAAUUUUUCGCGGCUACACACACACUAUUGCAUGCGCUCUACAGUAUACGAUGGCAUUUGCGUCCCUGGACUGCUCAGUCUGGUUAACUGUCGCUUUUACAUUUGAUCGCUUCGUGGCCAUUUGUUGCCAGGACUUCAAGAGCUGGUAUUGCACGGUUAGAACCGCCAGGGUGGCGAUAGCAACAGUAUAUGUGGUGAGUUUAAUACGGAACAUCCCCUACUACUUCGCAUUUGAACCUAUGUGGCCUGGAGUGCCCAUUGACUGUACUGAAAAAGCUGAAUAUUAUUCCCAGCGCGGAUGGAUUGCCUUUUCCUGGAUUCACAACAUUUUAACCCCUCUGCUCCCGUUUUUCGUUAUUGUGUCGCUUAAUAUCCUGACGGUCAGAUCGAUCGUGGUAGCGAGCCGAGCCCGCAGGAAGCUCCGCGCUCACGUCAGUGGCGAGAAUCAGGGGGACCCGGAGAUGGAGAGUCGAAGGAAAUCCAUAAUUUUACUCUUCUGUGUCUCGGGCAGUUUCAUCCUCCUGUGGCUGACGGAGUUGGUCACCUUCAUUUAUUCGCAUUUUUCCAACAUACACUAUUACCCGAGCUGGAACCACCCUCUGUACCUGACAUUUGUAACCGGGGACCUGCUUAAAAUUGUCAGUUCCUGCACCAACACCUUCAUUUACGUCCUGACUCAGUCUAGGUUCAGGGAAGAGCUGAAGAAUGCAAUCAAGUAUCCCUUCAGAAUACGUCUUAUGAUUGUUCCAAAAUAA